UAACAUAAUGUCUGCUCCCCAUUGCAUUGCAAACCCACCAAAGCUGUGCUCCAGCUAUGGAGCUGGCCAGGUUCAACAAUUGGGAGGCCUAAAUUGCUACGUUUCUGGAUCUUUGGAUUCCAAGCUUGCUGUCCUUCUGGUCUCUGAUGUUUUUGGAUAUGAAGCAACAAACUUGAGGAAAUUGGCAGAUAAAAUUGGAGGUGCUGAAUUUUACGUAGUGGUCCCAGAUUUCUUCCAUGGAGAUCCAUAUGUUGAGAAUGGUGCUAAGCCUAUCGGUGUAUGGCUAAAAGAUCAUGUUGUUGAUAAUGUUUCUAAGGAUGCAAAAGUAGUGAUUGAAGAUUUGAAGGCUGGAGGUGUCACUAAGGUUGGAAUUGGAGGUGUAUGUUCAGGAGGAAAAACAGCUGUGGAUUUAGCGAAGAUCCCGUGUGUGGAAGCCGCCGUCCUAUUGCACCCUGCAUUUGUCACAUUAGAUGACAUUCAAGGUGUGAAAGUUCCCAUAUCAGUACUAGGAGCGGAGAAUGACGAAACAACACCCCCAAAAGUUGUGAAGCAAUUUGAGAUUGCUUUGCAAAGUAAGGCUGGGGUUGAUUCUUUGGUGAAGAUAUUUGCUGGAGUCACCCAUGGUUGGACCGUUAGGUACGAUGAGGAUGAUAAAGUAGCAGUAAAGGCUGCUGAAGAAGCUCAUCAGGAUAUGCUGAAAUGGUUUAUUAAGCAUCUCUACUAAGUGUCUCUACGUUUCAAAAAAAAGGUGUGAAUCUUGUCUUGAGGGAUAUAUUCUCUGCCUUAAGUGUGUUUGCAUGUUAAUUUGUUGUAUCAACCUCCAAUUUGUGUAGUUUUCUUUGUAGUAUGUAUAUGUCUCUGCAUGCACUUGCUCAUGUUAAUUUAUUGUAUCAGUCUUCAAUUUGUGUGGCUUUCUUUGUAUUAUGUAUUAAUAAUGUUGGAUAGUCGAAUAAAA